AUGAGUCGAAGACAGAGACGAGCCAAAGAUUCCUCAUCCCACCCCAGUCAAACGUCUAUCCACACCGCAGAUGAUAUUCCGCUGGUCAGACCCGACGUGGGCCGCUCAAAAGCUCCAAAAGGGAAGACGUUGCUGGAGAUCGCAGCGCAGCGACAAGCUCAAUUGAACCCCGGCCAGCGAGUUGACACGGACGCCCUCGAUCCGGAGAAUGUGGUACAAUUCAAAAUCGGAGAGGACGGGCAGUUGACUCGUGACAGCGAUGCAUCCUCGUCAGAAUCACAGACCGUAGAUGCCGCCAUGGAGACGCCGUGGCUCGACGCGAUCCUGCUAGCCAUGUCCCUUUCUGCCAUCCACUUCACGCUUGAGACGUUGACGGUACAUCAGUACGCCCAGGAGCUACAUUUCCCACCCAUCAUCCGUCGCACGCUGUUCGUGGCCUUCCCUACGCUCACGUUGAUGAUCGCCCUGUUCCACGGCCUGCUACUGCCUAUUUCGGCGCAAAAGGUGCCAGGACCAGUGCGGCUCUGGAUCCUUGCGCUCCGUCAGCUGGCGUACCUGGUGGUGGCCAAUGUCGCGGGCUGUUAUCUGAUCCAGUUGACAAACGACAAGGGCUACUACGCGGUCAUGAAGAACGCUCCGAGUAUAGGAACGAUUUGGGUCUGGACAGUUCUCGAGCUAGGACUGCUGGGCGCAUUGGCUGGGGUGAUUGGGCCUGGCCUUUAUGCCUGGAAAAAUGGCUAUGGUAUCUUCUAA